AUGUUCUACGGCCCCUUUUUACAAACACCUUACGACCAUCACCCUCUUCUUCAACCUAGCAAUGUUCAAGAGUCAGACUUUCAGUAUGCUCCAGGGCACGGCUAUCCGGCAGAGAAGAGCUACGAAAAUGGCCAACACAUUGGUGUGCAAUCCUACGACAACCGGGAAAUGAGGACCUUUGGCAUGCCUCAGCAGCCGGUCCCUUCAUCUCACUUUGCUCCCAUGAACCCUCGAAAACGCAAGGCCUCCAGUAUUGAGGAGUUUGACCAAUUUCCAGACCAAAAGAGAGCAACGCUCGCGCAGGUCCAGGUCCAAGAUCCCAACGGUGAUUAUUACGACUUGAGUGGACAAACCUCCCCAUACUCCCCGUUUGUCCCCACCCCUACCGGCAGCACCGGCUUUCCAGCGUGUCCACCUCGUGGCGCGUCACCAAGGCCUUCAGGCCAUCACUACUCGACAUCGACUGCAUCGCAGGUCUCCCUGGCGGCUCCGUCACCACACACGCCCGCAUUCAGCCCGUCAUUCACCACCGUGAAGAGUGAGCAGAGUCCUGGAGCGCCUAUGACGCCCAUUCCCCGUUCAAUUUCGACAACUUCGCCAUUGAAAUCAUCCUUGCCGAAGCUGGUCAGGACUUCCACCAUUCAGACAUCACCCCCUCCAGGUGUCUUUUCUAACUUGGUCACGGGUCAUGCUCAAAGCUUUAACCCGUACGCCAUGCAUCCUCUCAAGGCCAACCUCAAGCUCAAGGGUGAUCUCGAUGCCAUGAAAGAUCAUUGGACUCCUGAGGAAAAAGAGGCUCGACGACGGCUUGUCGAGUUCAAGCGCAGCCAAGUGAACAGCACCAUCACCGCUGAAUUCAACGCUGUUGCCCCACAAGAUCGUCAACCAAGCAGCAUCUGCAUUAGUUGCAUUUGGUGGAAGGAGAAGAAUGAGUUCUACGUUACCUCGGUAGACACAAUCUACCUGCUUGAGGCAUUGGUCGGAGUUCGUUUCACCGUGGAGGAGAAGAAUCGUAUCCGUCGAAACUUGGAAGGAUUUCGACCAAUGACGAUUUCCAAAGCCAAGGCAGACAGUGAGGAGUUUUUCAAGGUCAUCAUGGGCUUUCCUCACCCCAAGCCUCGCAACAUUGAGAAAGAUGUCAAAGUGUUCCCCUGGAAGAUUUUGUCGACCGCCCUGAAGAAGAUCAUCUCCAAGUACUCCGCCAGCUACUCCUCGACCGCGGCGUCCCUGCUGACUCCGACUUCGUCAAUCUAUUCUCAUGGAGAGGGCGUUCCAGAGUACCACCACCCUCAAUCACCCCAUCCAGAUUUCUUUAAUGGCGCCGGCGCUCCCUAUCAAGUCCAGGCAGAGAUGUCGUACAUGCCCGGACCUGCUCACAUGCGCAUGCCAGUGUCCCUGGGACCAGCGCCAGUUCCUGAAAUGCAGCUACAGAUACCAGAAUGCAUGCCGGCAUACGACUUCAACGGCCAAUACUGCUAUCAGAAUAUGUCUCAGAUUCCGCCAGCGACGAUGGCCAUGGCUUCUUAUCCCAUGACAGCGCCGGGUGCUCGUAUGCCCCCGUGGGAAUUCGCCAGUUUUGUCAACGACAGCCCGGUCACAAUGCCGCCGCAAAGUGCGCCACCUAUGGCGUAUCCUCGUGGUUCUGUGGAGACGGCCGAGUUCAUUCCCGCGAUGCAUUAA